AUGAGUGAAUCGUUAAAUUUUAAUCUAAAGUUAUACAGGGAAAGAUUGGUCGAUAAAUACUCAAAGUCUCCUGUAGAAACAAGAUUUGACCCUUAAAAAAAUGGAAUUGAAAGUCAAAGGAAGACUCCAAUAAAGAGGGAUCAAGCUAAUGCUCCUUCGUUAAACAAUCUAGUAAAUAAACUAUAAGAAUACAGUAGUAAGAAAGCAAAAUAAAACGAUUCCUUUCUAUUUAAGUCAGGUAAAAGCAAUCAAAAUUCGUCUCCAAGUAAAAUUAAUGGAUUGCAUUAAAAACCUAGAAUAUAAUCAAUAUCUUCGUUAUCACCUCCACCUUAAUAAAACAACUUAUAAUUCCCAGCUAAGGGUCAUUAAUAUUCGAUAACCUAAUUUAGUGGAAUAAUGUCACCUCAGAAAUCAAGCUUUAUAAGUCCAACCCAUUUUUCCUAAAUUACAGAUAGAUAUGAACAAUAAGAGUCCUUUACUGAUAUUUCAAGCCUUAUUCCUUUGCAUGAGAUUGUUAAUAUGCGAACUAAAUUAGAAAAUGCAAAUAUUAAUGUUGCCAGCAUCACGCCAACAUACUUGACUGAAUUUAUUAAGUUAGCAAAUACAAUUCAGUCGUAACUAAAACCUAAUAAAAGGCAAGGUUGA